UCUCUGGCUGGGUUGUCAUGAAUCUCUGCACACUUCCUGCAACACUCCAUUCUUGAAUACUUCGCAUAUCUCUCAGCCCCAGCUAAUUUAGUGUCUUAUACCCCUGUGCUUGAGCGCGACAAUUUUCUCAGUCAGUGGAGCGAUACGCGGGGAGGAGCAGAAGCAACCCCCAGCUGCAGAACAGCUGGUGAUUGAAUAUGUCCUAUCCGACACUUACGCCUCCAAGACCGCUUCCAGGGACCUAUUUUCAGACUCCUGCUGUUACAAAUUCACAUCAUGGACCUCUUUUCCAGCCUAAAGGAGCACCAGUCUCUGCAGGGCAAGCUCCAUCGCCGAGUUCUUUAACAAAGCUCACCCCAGCGGCCCCGAAGAGCAAAAGCGAGACAUUGAGCACUCGAGAACGCGCUGCGCAGACGAUAAAUGAUACUCUCGUUCAAGAAUCACGUUAUCCUGAUUUGGACACAUAUCUUUCACAGGGUUUCUCGUCGGACUACGACAUUCCAGCAUCGCCAUCAUGGGCGCCUUUUCACAAAGUCAAAAUGUAUAAUAUCCCCGAUCAGAUUUUCGACCAGUAUAACCGUGCGCAAGUUUCGACAAGUAUGGGUCUCUUCGCGGAGCUCAAUCACGCAUGGGUUGCUAUUGAUAAUGCUCUUUAUCUGUGGGAUUACACCCAUCCGAAUCCUCAGCUGGUGGGAUUUGAGAAUCAGGCCAACAGCAUCAACGGUGUGAAGCUGGCGAAGCCUCGCGCAGGCGUCUUCCUGCCCGCUAUCACCCAUCUACUUGUGGUUUCCACGACUGCGGAUGUCCUGCUUCUGGGUAUGGGCGUGGAGACCACCACUGGGGGUGCGACACAGGUCACCCUCUAUCAGACGGGAAUGUCUACAUCGAUCAAGGGUCUCGAUAUCCAUGUCUUUGCCUCGUCGGAUUCUACUGGCAGAAUAUUUUUUGCGGGAUCGUCGGAUAACGAUGUCUACGAAUUGACCUACCAACAGGAAGAGAGAUGGUUCCAGGGCAGAUGCGGAAAAGUGAAUCAUACUGGUUCGCGUCUUGCUGCAUUCACACCCGCCAUCACUUUCACACCGAAGAGGCCAGAGCAUGUGGAGCAGAUGGUGGUAGACGAUAGUAGGAAACUGCUCUAUACUCUGUCCUCGCUAUCAACCAUUAGGGUUUUCCACAUGAAGCCUGAUGGUACUCUCUCACUUGCGAUCACGAAACCUGCGGUCGACAUAUACUCCAACAUCGGACACAUUAUUGCCUCGAACGAAAGUCUGAACCCUAAGGUUAAGAUAGUUUCCAUCAGCCCUAUCCCGGCACCAGAGGCGUCCAGAUAUCAUUUGGUAGCGACGACGGCUACAGGAUACAGGAUAUAUCUUAGCGCGACUGGGUCAUACAGUUGGUCAAUGACUCCGAACGGCACCAGUCCACCGACGAGCAUGCAAGCGCACCACGUCAAAACUCCUCCUUUUGACAAUCCUUCUGCCGCGGUAUCGAACUCUGGUCCACCAGGGCAGCUUUAUAAGUUUCAAUCGUCAGUAACCUCAAAGGUCCCGAUUCAUUCGCUGGAUCCGACGCGGUUCGCGUCCCGGUUUCCACCUGGUUAUUUUUUCUGUUUCACCUGCAAAGAUCCUACCCAGAAGGCGGACACGUUGUUCAUAUCAUCUCCAGACUCCGGACGUGUAGCUCGCUCUCAAGAGAGUGUGAUGCCAGCAAAGGCUUCCGAGUCAGCAAUUUGGCUUUCUCUGGGGAGCAAGGCCGAGGAUAUUGGCCUGUGCUCCCCACCCGUCUCUGCAGCGAAUACGCCUGGUGGUUUCAGUAACGAGCUAGCUAUCCAAUAUGACGGUCCUGCUGCGGAAAUUGCCAUACUUACCAAUACAGGCGUUCAUGUUGUUCGUCGGCGGCGACUUGUGGACAUGUUUGCCGCACUUGUGCGCACUGGAGGUGGUGAAGAAGGCCUUGAAGGGGAGAUCAAAAAUUUCAUUCGGACAUAUGGUCGCAGUGAGACAUUGGCUACGGCUUUGGCUGUUGCAUGUGGUCAGGGCAUCGAGAUUUCCGACUCGCGGCUAUCCAAGAUUAACGACCCGGACGUACUCGAGUUUGCUCGUAAGGUCUUCAUCGAGUAUGGGGGCAGACCGACGAUGAACGAGAAUGCAGUUGCGGACAACGCAGCUCUGGCGAUUGAUGCUAUUGUGCCGUCACCCCGUCACGCCGGUAUUGCUUUAUACAUGUCACGAUUGCUGCGCUCUAUAUGGAAAAAAGAAAUCACCGUCACAACUAGUUCACCCAAUAGAGCACUGAGCAUUGCCCCCUCAGUCAGCCCGGCGAAGUUACAGACCAUUCAGCGAGAUCUGUCCGCUCUGCAGGAGUUUUUCAAGGCCAACAAGAGCUUCAUUGAAGGGCUAAGUGGCCCUGAAGCUCUCACUCGUGCAUCAACGAAACAAGAGGAGAUCGCUCUACAAGCUGAGCAUCGUGCUCUGCAUUCUCUUGUUCAGCUUGUCUCUGACACCAUUGAGGGAAUUUCUUUCGUACUCGUGCUUUUCGAUGAACGUGUUGAUGAAAUCGUGGCAACGCUUCCGGACGAAUCCAAGCAGCGUUUCUUAAAACUCACUUAUGAGGAACUCUUCAGUACCAGCAAGGGCUACGACAUUGCGAAGGAGCUCGUCAAGGGCAUUGUCAACAGAAACAUUGCUAAGGGCUCGAACGUCGAGACGGUCGCUGAUGCUCUCCGACGACGAUGCGGUAAUUUCUGUAGUGCCGAAGAUGUCAUCAUAUUCAAGGCACAGGAGCUUCUGAAGAGAGCUGGAGAAGCCGGCGGAAACUCAGAGCUAGGUCGUAAUCUGCUCAACGAGAGCUUGCACCUAUUCCAGCAAGUCUCUGACAACCUGCCUAUGGAUUACCUCGUUUCUGCAGUUGAUAAUUAUAUAAAUAGCCAGUUCUUUGCAGGCGCGAUUCAAUUGUCUCUAAGUGUCGCUGCAAGCUUGGAUAAAGCGAAUCUCGCACUGUCCUGGAUCAUGGAUGGCCGGCCUGCGGAUGAUCCCCGACGGGCAGCUUUUGAAUCCCGAAAGCAGUGCUACGACCUUGUCUUCAAGGUUAUCGUUGCGGUCGACAACACAGCCUCGCAAGACCCAGGAGUGAUUGAUGGUCAAUUCACUAUCAUUGCUAAGCGGAAAAACGAGGCCUAUGGAGUCAUUGCGGACUCUAAGGAUGAGGUUUUCCUGACAAGCUUGUACGAUUGGUAUCUGGAGCAGGGCUGGAACGACCGUUUACUAGAAGAGAAAUCGCCAUUCGUCGUCACAUAUUUGGAACGCAAAUCGGCAGACGACAUCGCCCAUGCCGAUCUUCUUUGGAGGUACUACUCACAAUCGCAACGCUUCUUCGAAGCCGCAAACGUCCAGUUCCAGCUAGCCCAGAGCGCAUUCACAUUGUCUCUGAGUCGGCGAAUCGAAUAUCUUGGUCGCGCCAGGGCAAACGCGUCUGCCCUUACUCCCGACGUUGGUCGACAGGCUCGUCAGCGACUGUUACAGGAGAUUACCACCCUCAUCGACGUGGCCAGCAUACAGGACGAUCUGCUGCAGCGUCUCAAGCAAGAUCCGAGGAUUGCCUCUGAGAGGAAAGCUGAAGUCAUCAAAGAAGUAGAUGGCCCGAUCAUGGAUAUCAGCACGAUCUUCAACCAAUAUGCGGAUCCCGGUAGCUAUUACGACAUCUGCCUACAGAUCUUCUACCUAGCCGAUCAUCGCAACACGGCAGACAUCAAAUCUACCUGGCAACAUCUGCUGCAAGACUUGCACGACGAGACUGUCGAGAGAGGUGAACCACAACCGUACGAAGCAGUCAUCGACAAAGUUAGGAGCCUUGGAAGCCGGCUGCGCAUGUCCGAGAUCGUCUUUCCCAUUCCGAUGCUCCUGCCAAUGCUGGAGCGCUAUGCACUGGAGCAUCAGCGCGGUGUUGGCCCCGCAACAUGGGUGGUCGAUCUCUUCCUCGACCUCGAAGUCCCUCAUGAGACGCUAUACACGGUGCUCGAGGCUAUGUUCUACAAUGAUGAGGCUCCUUUCCAUGGGCCCAACCGCCGCUACAUCGCCAGUGACCUGCUUUACCUCAUACAGCAUUGGUUCCACAGCACUGUCCGUAUGGGCGGCAUUGUCUUCGGCAGCAACGUGGUGGCUGCACGUGUUUCAGAGACUCUUUCACUCCUCCGAGAGGCUGGUCUUAGCCAAGACUUAAUCAGGGUCGUGGAUGAAUUGCGGAUCAGGAUCGAGGAUGUUUUGCGAUAGGUUAGAGAUUUGCAAUGUCACGAUUAGCUAUGGAGCUAUCCCCACAGAUUCUCCCUUUUAACAUUCCUGUAUUGGCGUUUUGAAAGAAAAAGGGUGACCUGGGAGUGCAUCGAAUAUGAUGGAGGUUGUUGGUAUAUGGUCGCCAUGUGCAGGAAACCGUGGCAGCCCAUUUCAUUUCUGGAAUUAUUUUCGCGUCUCAA